CUCGACCAAACGCCACUUGCGUCUUGAGAUCCUGAGGCGCUGCAGAGCUUGUCCGAUGUCUUUCGUCUCAGCUUGACCCGUCAUGCGUUCUCGUAAUAUCGGCAUGAGACCCUGAAUCAAUCACAUCACCUGGCGCCAUGUCGUCCCCGCCGCCAAGCUUCAGGCAGUCGUCCCCGGCUGGAGCUCCUGGACGCCAGAGAUCCAAGUUCACGUAUCGCAACUUUGCUCAUUUGGCAUCCUAUUCGACAUCAUGCCCUCUCCGAGUCGUGGCCCAUAUCGACCUGGAUGCCUUCUAUGCGCAGUGUGAGAUGCGGCGCUUGGACCUUCCCGACGACCAACCCCUAGCUGUGCAGCAGUGGCAAGGCUUGAUUGCCGUCAACUAUCCUGCCAGGGACAAGGGCGUUGGACGAUUUCAUGACAUUGGCGAGGCAAAGAAACUUUGCGAGAACCUCAUCUGUCAGCAUGUCGCUACGUGGCGGGAAGGUGAGGAGAACUGGGCGUACCGAGACGACCCCGUGGUGAACACUGACAAGGUGUCACUCGAUCCUUACCGGAUGCAGUCGAGGAACAUCCUGGCCGUCAUCAAGGAGUCACUUCCGGCAGAUCUCCAAAAGGUGGAAAAAGCUUCCAUCGACGAAGUGUUCCUCGAUCUAUCUGCUCAAGUCCAAUCUAUCAUGACCACGCGGUUUCCAGAGCUCAACCGCCCGCCACCCUACGAUGAUCCUACUGAGAAACUCCCCGUGCCAUCCAUCACGGCACUGGACUGGAAGGCUGACGCUCUUGUGGACCUGGAUGACACAGAGACCGAGACUGACGACCCAGAUUGGGACGACGUGGCAAUUCUGAUCGGGUCAGAAAUUGUAAGGGGCGUCAGGGAGGCCAUCCGUGACAGGUUGAACUUCACAUGCUCGGCGGGUGUCGCCCAGAACAAGAUGCUUUCGAAAUUGGGCUCUGGCUCCAAGAAGCCCAAUGGCCAGACAGUCGUCCGAAAUCGCGCCAUCGCUCACUUCUUGUCGGGCUUCAAGUUCACCAAGAUACGUAAUUUGGGCGGCAAGUUGGGCGACCAAGUCGCGCAAACAUUCGGUACCGACGCCGUCAGUGAGCUGCUAUUGAUACCUAUCGAGCAGCUCAAGCUGAAGUUGGGAGACGACACGGGAAGUUGGAUCAAGUCAAUGUUGUCGGCCAAAUCAUUCCGACCAAGCAUCAACAGCACCGAGCAGGCCAUCAAAUGGCUUCGCAUCUUCGUGGGUGACAUUUUCUCCCGCCUCGUCGAAGAGGGUGUCCUCGAGAACAAAAGACGUCCUCGGACCAUUAACCUUCACCAUCGACAGGGAGGUCAGACCAAAUCCAGACAGAGCCCAAUCCCCCAGGGAAAACCAAUCGACAAGGAGAUGCUGCUCGGACUCGGAAAGAAUUUGCUAAACCAGAUUGUCCUGGAGGGC